UCUUCCACCCCUCCCCGCCACUGUUCACCCACCAGAAUAAAUGAGUUCGCCCAUAGUCAGUCGAUCAAUAAUAGGUGGAUUAUUACAUCGCAGCAGGAUAAGGGCGUGGGGGGGCGACGGCUUGGGGUUGGCGUUCAUCCAGCAGUGGAUUUAUCACGGCUGCGACCCUGAGUCACCGCGAUCCUCGUGUCCUCCCCUAGGUCGACUCAGCCUAAAAUGGCACACCGGGAUUGGUGGCACAGACGUCUUGGCACACUCACGAAGCUUUCUCUGCACUCUGCCUCGCGAAGCCUUCUCUGCACUAGGCCUCGCGAAGCCUUCUCUGCACUAGGCCUCGCGCCGUGCUUUUCGUGCACAAAUAAGGCGAUUAAAUAAUUGGUCUGAUGGAGCAAAGGCACUCAGCGCAGCUCGGUACACAAGGACAACAAUGGGACCAGUAUGCAAGCAGCAUGGAUUGUACUGGAACUUUUACACAGGACCAGAGAUCUCCAACGGGAGAGAAACCCUUCAAUUGCACUGUGUGUGAGAAGGCAUAUUCAAGUUCAUCUUAUCUUAAAAUACACCAGAGAACACACACAGGAGAGAGACCCUUCAAGUGCAGUGUGUGUUGGAAGGCAUUUUCAAGUUCAAUUUAUCUUAAAAAACACCAGAGAACACACACAGGAGAGAAACCCUUCAAGUGCAGUGUGUGUGAGAUGGCAUUUUCACAGUCAUCAAAUCUUAAAAUGCACCAGAGAACGCACACAGGAGAGAAACCCUUUAUGUGCAGUGUGUGUGGGAAGGCAUUUUCAAGUUUGUCUUGUCUCAAAAUACACCAGAGAACGCACACAGGAGAGAAACCCUUUACAUGCAGUGUGUGUGGGAAGGCAUUUUCAAGUUUGUCUUGUCUCAAAAUACACCAGAGAACACACACAGGAGAGAAACCCUUCAGGUGUAGUGUGUGUGGGAAGGCAUUUUCAUUUUCAUCUGAUCUUAAAAAACACCAGAGAACACACACAGGAGAGAAACCCUUCAAGUGCACUGUGUGUGAGAAGACAUUUUCAUUUUCACCUGAUCUUACAAAACACCAGAGAACACACACAGGAGAGAAACCCUUCAAGUGCACUCAGUGCGGGAAGGCGUUUGCACAGUCAACACAGCUUAAUACACACAAGAGAACAAACAAGCAUCAGAAGACCCCCAAGGAGUGUAGUCUGAAAUCGACUUGUGAAAGUCAAAGUGCUGCAAUGAGCCCAUCCCUCCUGAAAAAAGAACCAGAAGUAAAUUCCAGCUUGGACACUAUGAAAUGUAUCAAGGUGAAAUUUGCAGAGGCGAAGGUGAAAUCUGAAGAGGUGAUAGUGAAGAGCGAAGAAGUGAAGGUAAAAUGUGAAGAUGAACAUUCAACUCCAAAAUCGGACCUUCACAUCAAUGGAUGCAACGUGAAGCAGGAGGAGAAUUCUGACUGUGAGGCAGAGCGAGGCAACUCCCAGCAGUUUGUUGAUGUGGAGGUGUGGGUAGACUUCUUGGACAAUACAAAGUCAAAUGGAGAACCUGUAGAUGUGUAAGCUUGAGACAAUGAAGCUACAAUAGUUUCACAUUUGUCACAGGCAUUAAAUGAAAAAAACGUCAAGAUGAACACUCCAUUCCUAGGUUCAACCUGCAGAGCAAGAGCGGUCAGCAUUUGCGGACCUGUGGGUUGGGUAGAUCUCUAACUAGGAGCGAGAGCCAAUAAGCUCCCAAGCAUUCACUAUGUUAUAAUAAUAUUAGCAUAUAUAUGGUGCUUGCUUAAUUGCCUCAGCAACUCGGAGUUUUGUAUCAUACCUCAUCACAAAGACUCAAAAGAGCACGCCUAGUGGCGUCCUCUGGAUUAACACCGUUUGAUACUAGGCUCGCAAGAAAACUGUCUCUGGUGUGGACCAAUCAGUUUCAAAGAUAAUGCAUAUGUUGUGCAUGGACUGACAGAGUAUCGCUGAGAGUUUUAUUCUACAUUCAUCCUGAUGCUUUGAGUUGCUUGCAAAGUCAAGGAUUGCGAUAAGUUUUAUUGUACUAAGCUUUCACAGUUGUUCAAGAGGUGUGCGAAUACAAUUUACAAGUUUUGAGAGUGAGUUCCAGCUCCCACGAGCAGCUGCGAUCGGCAGGCUCCGCCGAACCUGCCCCCGUGACUGGCACAUCGUCAACGAGCUGCACCAGCAGAAGCCACGAGUCUACAAAAUCAACGCAGAGUUGACUUACUGCAAGCAGCAAGCUCUGGGGUGGGACUCUGCAAUCAACCAAGGAUGAAGAAGUUUGCCGAGUAGCAAUGGGUCACCGAGUACGAGCUCGGCGCUGACAGAAGAAUUAUCGCUCAAAGUUAUUCAACGCUGAGUGCCAGCUCCUACGAGCAGCUGCAGCCCGAGAGAUAGAGUGACGAGCAACGACGAUCAAUCAACCGGGAGAAAGGGUGGAAGCCCAAGCAUCGACCAAGCCAGCAUCUUAGAGAACCAGCUGCACGCGCAACCAGGCAUCGCCAGAGAGCACGGAGCCAGAGAGAGAGCGCAGCAGCGCCACCGAGCAAGGGUGUCAGCUGCCAGCGGACGAGCGGCGAGCGCUGUCGAGCACCUUCAAAGACAAGCAUCGUGCCGACUCGGCUCAUCCAGCAGGGGAAAAAACCAUGAAUAGCCACCCGUGAGAAAGAGGAGAGCGCCGUGGGUUCGACCCACACACACCGACCAGCACCAGCUGUGAACCAAGACAAGAGUGAGGAACGGCGACCAGCAGACGAGCUGCGGGCGCUAUCUGACGACGGAAUCAUCGCGCACCGCCGACGGCGAGCGUCGUUCCGACUCUUCAUCCAGCAGUGGGCAGCAGCUCCAGCUGCGGCCGAGAGAGAGAGAGUGAGGAAGCUGUGUGUGUGACCCUCCCCCACACUCACAUACUCGCCACGUAUCACCCAGCGUCUGCUUGACGCGAAGAAUUGAUCAAGGAGACAAAACCACCAAACACACACCGCACAUACCGGGACUAAUAAUGAGAAGAAUAAUCAUAAGAGUGCGUCAACUAUUAGCUGAUAAUGAAGAACAUUGCUGCUUAUCGAGUCACGUGGAUACGGUCUUUGAGAAGUAUUUUAGUCGUUCUUUUUGUUAAUUUUAACUGUACCGAUGAAUUCAUUGACGAAACUUAACGUUUAGAAACCUACGUUACGAAUCCACACACUCACAGUAAGACUAUUGUGUUGAAAUCUUUCUUUUGAUCACAGAGUCUUGCUCGCGAAUUUAUUGAAGCCUUUGCCAAUUGAUAAGCAUUUGCUGAAGCAGGCAUGUGAUGCCGCCGCCACGAAGCCGUUCAGCAGGCGCCCCAUCUACAACCUCGCCACCACCAAGUGACGGAGCCGACACUGCGUCCCCCUCACCUCACAUGAACACACCCGCACGCAUUUCCCCCCCCCCAUAGAGCUCCGAGGGGAGGUCACCUGACUGACCGUUUUUAUCCGAGAAACCCUUAUCGUGAUUAACUUUCACGGUUUCCGGCGACCAGGGAAUUGGACGACCUCCCCCGACGCUACUUUGCACCGCGGCGCUGCGACCGGCCUUAAGAUGGUAUGGUCGCGGCGAAGGGCAUUCGGCCACCGCGGUUGAAACGCAUCCCCCCACACACACCCCCACGGGUCGACGAGAUAGGCAGAGGAGGGACGGGGCGGCAUAGUUUAGCGUGCCAAAGAGGGCUCGAGUGCGUAGGUGCCAUUGUUAGGGAAGUUAAAGGAUAGGGCUGGAAUUGCAAAUAAUCAGAGAGGCGACUCGGGCGCAUAGUGCGCAAGUGAUGGGGCAGGUGGUGGAGACAUGCGGAGGCUCCGCGCUUAACUUCCACAGCAGGCCGUGGUGAUGGACGCCGCUGCAUAAUGCGCAAGACCAAGGCGCCAUGCAUGAGAAAGGGAUUAAUUAGAAUAAACGCCGCAACACGCAACGCAUCUGAUUAGCAUAGCAAGGGCGCCCGGAACCGCCGUACGCGUGCUGACGGGCACGCGCCCAUUGUUAAAGAAAAACUGGGAGGGGGCCGCCACCACGCUCGGAGCCGCAUCCCUUUGAUGUAGGGAGGAUAAAAAUGGGGCGCAAAGGGGAUAUCGCUCUCUUACUCCAGCACCAGGCGACAAGACGCUCUCCAGCCAGCGACCCGAACGUCCGUGAGACGCAUCGAGGUACGCCGCGAGUACGGGAUCAACGGACCGCUGUGGGCACCUAACAGUGAGUAAGAAGGUGAAGUAGGAUCAUAGCCGAUAAAUAGGGAAUAGGUCCAGGGGUAGUAGAAUAGGCCAGCCUCGUCGAUUCAUACUGAUUUAAUAUCAAUUCCCAGGUGGUCGAAAAUAAAUCAUUAAUAGCUAAUCGUGGCCUCGUGUGAUCUAGUUGAGAGGUGUGAACGGGUGUGGUGCUGUGUACACAGUGGUUCGCCACGUGAGUGAGCGCUGCGCGGAGCUGCGCGUGUGGGUGCGCGUGUGUUCACUACGUGUAUGAUACAGGUGCGCGAUCACAACGUGAGUGUUCAGUGGUGAGUGAGUGCCGCGGGGAGCUGUGUGCGGGAGUCCGCGUACGUUCGCUACGUGUCGGAUACGGGUGCGCAUUGGUAAUGUGGUUAUUCGACGUGGAGGCGAGUGCCGCGCAGGGCUGUAGACGGGCACACGCUCGCAGCGUGCGAGAGCUGUACGUAGCGGUGUAAAGAGGGGGAGUAUGGCAUUUGAUUGAUGAUGCUGUGCGCACGUAUGCUUGCAGCGUGGGAGCGCUGCGUGAGGCCGUGUGGGUAGGGGUGUCGCGUCCGAAGGCCGGCGAAACCCUAGCGGGUAAUAGAGCGGUGCGGCAACGCAACCGGAAUAGGGGAUGCGUGAGGGGGAGACCCUGGGGGCCAACGGCCCCCACAGGCACACUGCCGCACACCAUUGUUCCAAGACGUUUGGUUAAUUACAUAAUCUACCAAUGAAUUCAUUGAGGUCUACUUUUGCAUUUGGGACAUGUUUCAUUAUUGCCGUUCGUAUGAAUAUGGUCACAUUUAUUUUUAAGGACUUUUUCCUAUGCUCGCGUUAGUCUGAGAAAUUAACCGAUUGCUCUGUUACCCAGUUUAACAACGUAAUCAGUGAGGGUUAAAUGUACGGAUCAAUGAGCACAUCUCCAGGAGUACUGUGACAAUUCCAAGCAUAAGAGUUUGCAUAUUAGAGUGUUAUAUUUUUGUUUAGAAAUUAAAGUUGCUUAACACAGAA